UGCAAAGGACGGCGGGAGCUGGAGCCGCCGCGCGGCGGAUUGUGGGAGGCCACGGCCGCUGUGGCCUUGCAGUCUCCGGCUCCAUUCGUUCUCUCAGAGCCGCGACCGGCUCGGCGGCCGAGUCGAUGUCGGCCUGCGCGGUGGCGGCUGCCGCACGGGGUCGCUACUUGGCAGCGGCGGCGCUGAGCAGGGCCAGGGCCGCCUCGGCGUCCUCGCUGCCCUGGGGGGGUCUUCGCACGGCGGUGGGGGCAGCAGGGCCAUGGGCGGGUCCUGCCCCGAGGCGCCUCCUGUCUUCCCGGAACCGUCCUGAAGGCAAAGUACUGGAGACAGUGGGUGUAUUUGAAGUGCCAAAACAGAAUGGCAAAUAUGAAACGGGGCAGUUAUUCCUCCACAGUGUAUUUGGAUAUCGGGGAAUAGUUCUGUUUCCUUGGCAAGCUAGGUUGUAUGAUCGAGACAUUACUUCUCCUGUGCCUGAAAAGGGUGAGAAUUCAGCUGGCCACGGAUCCAAAGAAGUGAAGGGGAAGACACAUACCUACUACCAAGUGCUCAUAGAUGCUCGUGACUGCCCCCAUAUAUCCCAGAGAUCCCAGACAGAAGCUGUGACUUUCUUAGCAAACCAUGAUGACAGCAGAGCCCUCUAUGCAAUACCAGGACUUGACUAUGUAAGCCAUGAAGACAUCCUUCCAUACACAUCCACGGAUCAAGUGCCCAUCCAGCAUGAGCUGUUUGAACGGUUCCUCAUGUAUGAUCAGACAAAAGUUCCACCCUUUGUGGCGAGAGAUACACUGUGUGCUUGGCAGGAGAAAAACCAUCCCUGGUUGGAACUCUCCGACGUGCACCGGGAAACCACCGAAAACAUCCGUGUCACUGUCAUCCCUUUCUACAUGGGCAUGCGAGAAGCCCAGAAUUCUCACGUCUACUGGUGGCGCUACUGUAUCCGCCUGGAGAAUCUGGACAACGAAGUGGUGCAGCUCCGUGAAAGGCACUGGCGGAUAUUCAGCUUGUCUGGCACACUGGAGACUGUCCGUGGUCGGGGUGUAGUGGGCCGAGAGCCGGUCCUGUCCAAAGAGCAGCCAGCGUUCCAGUACAGCAGCCACGUCUCUUUGCAGGCAUCCAGUGGCCACAUGUGGGGCACUUUCCGCUUUGAACGGCCUGAUGGCUCUCAUUUUGAUGUCCGGAUCCCACCCUUCUCUCUGGAAAGCAACAAGGACGAGAAGACGCCUCCUUCUGGUCUCCAUUGGUAGAGCAGUCCUCAGGAAACCAGACGCCCUAGGGAAACUCCCUCCCCCCCCCCCCACUUCAAAAGCUGAAAAGGAGUGUUUUAAAAAAACUGUUUUAAUUUGCUCUUCCCCUUGUUUUUUUUUCUCUUUGAUCAGCUGCUGAGAGAUUAAUAGGGUGAUUGGAGGGCAAGAAGAGUUGGGAGCUUUUAAAUUCGACUCACGGGAGCUAUGAGGCACUGUCAACCCUUUCUGCACCUUUUCAUGCCUGUAAGAGUGCAGGAUGGGGGGUACCUAGACAACCAAGCUGCUGCCGAUGGAGCCCUGAAGGCCUGCUGGCUGUGAACCAUUGGGAAUGUGAAGCACCCCCCUCCCCCUGAAAUGAAGACAUCCUCCUCAGCUGUGGGCCAGUCUUCCUUCCCAGCCCCCAAACUUUACCGUCUUCCCCAGCAGUACUAUUUUUAGCUUCCACUCACUCUGACAGAGGUUGUCUCACACACAAGGUUGGAAGCGGGAUGUGAUAGGAGUGGGGAAAUACCCCCCUGCCAUCGCAUCUGUCACCCAGGACUGCCAAGCUGGAGCACCCACCUCAGAUACUGGGUACUCUUUUGUCUGGAGCCCCCUGCUGUUUGAGGUGGGUUGUCCCUCCUGCUGAAAUAGCAAAAGUUGGUUCGUUUCCAGAGUAACGAGCUGCCAGCUCCUGACGUUCAGGGCUGGGCCACUUGCUUUGGUAGCUCUGGGUCAGUGUGUGGCAUCUCCUGCCUCAGUGUUGUGUCAGUCCAUUCGCUGGCUUUGCCUCUUUAGGCAGAGCAUACAUUGGCGUUUAAUACAUAAGGCAGGAGUUGAGGGCAAGGCAAACUGGAUUUCAGUGUCCGGGGGGGGACUUGCUGUUGCAGUUUCUUGCUUUUAAAGCAGAAUGCUCUCCCUAGAUGCAGAGUUACCGUUUCCCUCUCACCUGUUUGUUGGGUCCCUGGAACAGGCAGAGAAUGGUGUCAUCCAGUGGAAGGGCAGUUGCUUUAAGAUGCAAAGGCAGAAGAUGUUCACACUAGGAGCAGUUUGGCCUCUAAGUAAGCAGAGAGUCAGAUGAGCUUUGGGUUAUGAGCUCCUUCAGCUAGCUUUCCUUACCAGAGUACAUAUUUUUUCACACAGUCAAAUUCAGAUACCUUCAACAACACAGCUGGUUCUUUGGUGAUUCUGUUGCAACUACCGCAAAUGCCAAAGUGGUUGUAACAGGCAAGGGUGUUGCCCAGUGAUGCAAGUUAGCUGUAGCAACGCUAUUCCCCCUGCCCCAGGUUUCCACUAUGCUGCCGUGUCUGCCAACCACCUUUUAAAAAACCAGCUCGGGCUCAGAACUGGAAGAGUAGCACACACUUCUGAGAAAGAUUUUCCCUUCCUGUUUGUGGUCAUUGAGCAAGGCAGCAGUGGGAAUGGGGGCGCAUUCGUAGACGGAGUGCUAAGGGGAAUGGUUCUUUGGGGUGGGUCUGGGAGUUCGUUGCUUUCUCAGAUGCUUCUUGUGGGCCAUUUUCCCUGGAAGGGGCAAGCCCUCGUACUGUGCAUUGGAGCUCUGAGGCUUUUGCAGUGUCUGGCUUCAUGUAAAUAACUGUAAAAAAAGAUCACUAUUCAAUAAAUGUGGUUGAAGUAA